UUUUAUUUUGAUGUUGAUACCGGAUGUAGUUUAGGUCACGGCGGUAAACUUUACUGGUUAGUAGCUUGGUGCGGUUGUUCUCCCGCAGCACGAAGCCAGCAGACACGAACAAACAAACAAACAGAUGGAUGAGAAACUAUCAGAGGACAAUGGACAGACACCACCAGCACUCAAGGCGGAGGAAGAGGAGAUGGACGUUACCUUGACGACGCAGCUAGAAAAUCUGAUCGUGGCCCCUGACGGUGCGGACACGUCAUCACAUCCACAAACACGUCCAGAAGAAGCAGAUGUAAAGACAGAGUGUACAGGAGAGACGCUUUCUGUGGACUCUGUGUGUAAGACCGGAGACUGUGAGGAUGACGAUGAAGAGGAUUCAGACAGCGACAGCUCUUCCUCUUCUUCCUCAUCCUCCUCUUCCUCCUCUUCUCCCUCUCCCCUUGUGUUCGGAGAUGACGACGACGACGAGGGUUUCAGCCAGCCGGCCCCCAUCAGAACCAGAGACGAAGUCCUGCUUGAGGAGUUGCCUGCAGUGGAGGAAGUGUGUUUGUCGCUACCAGCAGAUGCAGAGCUGCAGCCUGUAGGAACGGUCUCCAGCGUCAUACAGCAACUGGUGGUCAUCCAGUCCCUGAAAGACACGCCCCCCCUGAAUGAUGAGAGCAUCAUCUUUAGAGCUGAUAGGCUGGCUUUGGGCAAGGUGUUUGAGGUGUUCGGCCCGGUCACCAGUCCUCUCUAUAUUUUGCGUUUUAACUCCGCAGACCACAUAAACAGCAAGGGGCUGACGGAGGGACUGACAGUUUACUACGCACCAGCCAUCAAGGAGUACACAGGAUACAUCCUCACACAACAGCUCAAACUUUUAAAAGGUUCUGAUGCAUCCUGGAAAAAUGACCAAGAACCACCAGUGGAGGCCUUAGAUUACAGUGAUGAUGAAAAAGAGCAGGAAGCUAAGAGGAAAGUGAAAAACAAGAAGAAGAGAGACAACAACACUUCAGAUAAUCCUGCCAACAUUACCCAGAACACCUUGCAACAGCAGCAGCAGCAGCAGCAGCGUGACGUCCGGGCUUUCCCACCAAGACAUGCAGGGCCUUCAUUCAAGCACCAGAACCCGAGGAACAAACAUGUUCCUUUCAAACAUGCACACACUCCACCCAGACACACACACCCUCCACCUAGACACACACAUCUUCCUCCCAUGUACCUCCCCCCUCCCUGCCCUUACCCUCCUCACCCUUUCCCCCCACCAAACUUCCCUCUAUACCCUCCUCCUCCUUCCUCUUUCUUCAAUCCGUCUUUCUCUUCUCCUCUCUGGCCACCAAACUCUCUCCCCUUCUCUGACUUCCCUCCUCCUCCUCCCCCUCCUCCUCCCCCUCCUCCUCCUCAGUGAUACAUUGCAUUAAUGUAUGUAGACAGAUCAUCAUGUGUAUGAACCACUGGCUCUGCGUGUUAGGUUGUUGAUCAUUGAUUUAUUAAAUAAGGUAUUUAGUCAGUAUAGCUGAUGGAGCAAUGUGCUGGGACCAAACACAUACUCUGCAACUGUGAUGUUUUUAUUUUUAAAUAUAUUAGUUUCUUAUUUUUCAAACAGUUAUACAUCUAUUCAACAUCUCCUGUAGGAAAGUAGUCUAUUUAACUUUUUAACUAGAACUACUUUUUUAUUUGUCAUAUUCCAAGUAAAGGUGACCGUUUUCUUAGACUUCCUAGACUUCUUUGUAAGAUGACCCACACCUCGUUCAAACACAUGGACUGACACACAAGAGAAGGAAGGCUGCUAUUUAUUAAUCGACUGAUCAUCUUUUUGAUGAGCUAGCUGGACGUGUGUGAGAAAACCAAUGUAUAGAAACAUUUCGAGGAAACAGCGUACUUCCUACACACCGGUAUUGUGUAAAUGAUGUGUGUGUGAGACGAGGAAGUCUUCGAGUUGAAGAUAUUUUGAGAAAACUAGAUGAAUUCCUCUUGUGUUUUUGAUUAAAACUUGAAGGCAGAAUUCUGUGUAUUCAAAGCACAUGACAACAUAACAACUGUUAGCAUUAGUGUGUCCAAUAAAAUGAGUUAAUUGGACACAGAGAGCAACAUAUCAUUCAGUCUCCUGCAAACCUGCCCCAAGUAUAAGUGUGGUGCUCAGUACGCACACAGUGGACGUACUCUCAGUGCUCCUUGUGUUCUUUUGGUUUUGGGUUAAAGAGUAAACUUAGGUCGUUUCAACCUGGACAUGUUUUUGUGCCACAACCAUUUGAAAGUGUGUCAGUAUUUAGUGGGAGUGCAGCAGACACCAGAAAUGAAGCCAGGCUGCAACAGAAAGUACACAGUAGGUCCUUUUAUAGUGUUUGUUUUGGCCACUGACAGGCUCGGAUUGCUCUAAGUGCCUGACGACAUUCUGGAAAGGAGCCUACAGAGAUAGACCUGUUGUUUAAUCCAGAACAGCUGCUGGAUCGCUCUGUUCAAAGCCACCAAACUCCAUUGACAAAAACUGGGCUCAACACAAAGUUGGUUAGUUGUUUGUGUUAUUGUUAUAUGUAACCAAUUAAAAGCACCAAAGUCACAUAAACUAACCACUGAAGACAAUGGUAUGUCAUUUAACACUGGACCAAAUUCAGUCGUCCCCAUUAGUCACAGACACACAAAGAUGGCAGAAUUGGGUCCAAGUUACUCUCUAAUAUUGAUCAUGUCAAAAUGUACUGUCAUUAUGGUUGCCUGCAAAUGAAUUUUACAUGUAGAUUUACCUGUUGUAGAGUCAUGAGAUAACAUAUAACUUUUGUACUAAAUUGAAUGAACUCUUUACCUGUUGUGUUGAAUAUCAAGUGGCUUUAAUCUGACUGAAUACAAAGUCAUUCGAAGCAGAACAAAUAUUUAAUGUCUGAAUAAUACACACACCUGUCUGUGAUGAUCUGUACACUGCUUUAUCUACAGUUCUACUUACUGCAUACACUCAAGCUUCAUUUUUUAAAUAUAUCCCAGCAUGCUCUGGUCCUUCUUGUUGCCUUCAUACAGUCAUGUCUGUAAAGAAUAGAGAAGCAAUAUGGCUGAGCUCUGAAACCAGCACACUGUCACACGUGUGAUAUUGUACAUCUACUGUAUUUCUUUGUAUCACAAUGUGUUGUAAAUGUCAACAUAUUCUCCAGUGUCUCAAAUAAAUAUUAUAUAGACAGUA